UCCCCGAUGGGGCCGCUUGGCGAGGCGGGCGCGGUGGGCGCGGCGGUGGCGGCGCUGUACGUGGCCGGCCUGCCCCGCUCCGUGCCCGGGGGAGACGCCGGGGAGCUGAUCACUGCUGCCUAUGAGCUUGGAGUUGCUCAUCCCCCUGGCUAUCCCUUAUUCACUCUUCUGGCUAAACUGGCAAUGGAGCUGUUCCCUUUUGGUUCCCUCGCGUAUCGAGUGAAUCUUCUCUGUGCCUUGCUGGGGGCAGCGGCAGCAUCUCUUCUUUUUUACACAGUUUCCAGGCUUUCUGGCACGCACGCUGCGGGAAUCUUUGCUGUGGGGAUGUUUUCGUUUUCUCGGCUAACGUGGCAGUGGUCCAUCACGGCAGAGGUUUUCAGCUUAAACAAUCUGUUUGUGGGACUGCUGAUGGUGCUCUCUGUGCGCUUCGAGGAGGCAGCUUCCCCUCAGGAGAGAUCAAAGGUCUGUAAAGCUGGAGCCUUUUGCUGUGGUCUGAGCUUGUGCAACCAGCACACCAUUGUCGUCUAUGUGCUUUGCAUUGUACUGUGGGUUUUCUCUCGCUUGUUCAGGGAAGGGGAAUUGACCCCGGGCCGCCUGCUGAAGUUGACUCUCUGCUUCUUGGCUGGCUGCCUUCCUUAUCUCUACUUGCCUGCCUCUUCCUACCUCAACAGAGCACGGUGGACCUGGGGAGACCAGACGAAUCUGAAAGGAUUUAUGACCCACUUUCUCCGGGAAGAAUAUGGAACAUUCAAUCUGGCAAAAUCAGAAAAUGGAUCCAGUAUGACCGAUAUAUUGCUUUUCCAGGUGACUCAUAUGAGGACAGAGCUUUCCCUCGUUGUCCAAGUCCUUGCAGUUGCCGCUUGUGUCUGUGCUGCAGCAAGGCUGAAGGUGGAAAAACCACGUUUGGUGUGUUUGUUUGCCCUCAUGUUCCUCUCAUACUCAUUUUUCUUUGCUUGGAGAGCAAACUUGGAUAUUUCGAAACCGCUCUUUAUGGGUGUGGUCGAAAGAUUCUGGAUGCAGAGCAACGCAGUCCUUGCUGUUCUCGCCGGCCUGGGAUUGUCCUCCCUCUUUUCUCUUGCCGAAGCUAUAAUUGACAACAGCCGAGUUGUGCAUUGCCUUCAAUGGAUUGUUGCUGCUGUUCUUGUUACUGGGCAAAUCUACUCCAAUUACAGCGUUUGUGACCAAAGCCGCAAUUACGUCAUCGACCAAUUUGCAAGGAACGUUUUGUCUUCCAUGCCUGCAGACGCCAUCAUUCUGCUGAGAGGAGAUUUGCCAGGGAAUUCUCUUCGUUACCUUCAUUACUGUGAGGGAAUGAGACCAGAUGUUUCUUUAGUUGAUCAAGAGAUGAUGACUUACUCUUGGUACUUGCCAAAGCUGGCUAAACAUCUGCCUGGGGUGCUCUUUCCCGGAGAUCGAUGGAAUCCCGUGGAAGGGCUGUUACCGGACGGAUCGAUCACCUUUAAUCUUCAUCAUUUUCUCAAAGUAAAUAAACACAAAGAAGCGUUUGUCUGCAUAGGACUUCAUGAAGGCGACCCCACCUGGAAGAAAGACUACUCUCUUUGGCCCUGGGGGGCCUGUGACAAGCUUGUACCUUCAGGCACUGCCUUCGACCCUGUGGAGUGGGCUGACCGUACCCGAAAUCUCUACAAUUGGAGUGAGGAAUACGGGAGGUUUGAUUCAUCUACAUGGGAAGCUGUAGCAAAUGAAGAGAUGUGGCAAGCCAGGAUGAAAACGGCUUUCUUUCUGUUUGGCCUUGCGGAAACGCCUUCCAUGUCUGGGGACGUAAAAGCAGAACUUUAUACGUUGGCUUACAGUCUGUACAAGGAAAUCAUAAGUGCGUACGAAACGCACCCCGUGAACUGGCAUAAAAAUUACGCAAUCGCAUGCGAGAGGAUGCUGCGCCUUCUCCCAGAAAGGGAGGAUCCGGAAGUUUUGCUGUCGGAAACCAUCAAACAUUUCGGCCUUUAUGUCGAGAAGGCUGCCGACGAUCCCCAGCAGGGCCGCAUUGUAGAAGCCGUAAAGCACCUCAAGGAAGAACUUCGGGAACUGAGAAAAAGGAAGAGAGGACUCGGGAGGCAGAACGCACCAAACUGACGUGCCGUACGUUGAGAUUCAGGAGGCGUGACGUGGAGUUGGCCGGAUGUGAUCCACUCUUGAAAAAGCCUUUUAGGUCAAGAAUGCAAAGGAAGAUGAAAACCAAAUCGGACAGUCUCAAAGCUGGACUUCAAGAGUUAGGAUGCACAGAUUGCCUUUGGUGUCCUUUUUUAAUGGAUGUAAGAAGAUAAGAGCCCUGCCGGGUCAGACCAGUGGGCCAUCUAGACCAGCCUCCUGUCUCACACUGUGGCCAACCAGUUGCCCUGCAGGGCCAGCCCCAGAACGUAGAGGCCAGGGACUUCCACCAUGUUGCCUCCUGGCCCUGGGAUUCAGAGGUUGACUGCCUUUGAAUGAGGAGGCUCUCUUUAGUGACCGUCACUGAAUCUGGUCAGGGCUGGGAUUUUCCUGGGACUGGGAAGAGCACGUCCCUGGCCCUGGGGCAACCUACUUGGGCAUCCUUCAAGGGGAGCUGGGAAGUAAAAGGCUCACCAGAAUGCCUGUUUGGGCGGGUCACACCCAGAGCAGCUACUUCUUGGCAGAGUUGGCUGGCUGCCUUAGGCACCGUGCUAACCAGGGAGGGCUGGAGACGCCUGGCUGGAGUAGGUAGGGGCCAUUGGUUGGCAUGGGCAUUAAAGGAGGUGAUACACUGGAGUUGGGGGUGGCCAAGUAGGGAGGAAGAAGAUUAGGACACGUGGGCAGGCCAGUGAGGCAACUGACCAAUGCUUG